UUGUGUGUGUGCGGCGCUCGCCGAUGUGAUUGCAGGCUUACGCAUCACUCUUAAUAAAUUCAAAUUAUUGUCAAUUAAUCAUUAAAUCAUCAUAAAAGUCAAACCAGAUGUAAAUGUAGAAAGAUGGCACUUUAGCGUGAUCAUCGCAUGAAGGAACAAGGCUGACGAAAUAGAGCAUAAUUUUACAAUAUGGAAAGUAAUGAUCAGAAUAUUGAAGUAUUGGUCGUUGAUGCAAAUUAUUUCGAUUUUCUGGUGCUAGAACCCUCACUGAACGACAAACCCUGUGCCACGCUAGAGUAUCUCGUAUUAACCUAUGCCUUAUCAUUCAAUCGAAUCCUCUUCGCUCUUGUACUAGCUGCCUCAAGCUGUUCUACAGUUCAGUUGCAAUACGGUGAUCAUACGAAAAGGUACUCACGAUGCCUAGCUGGUGGUGUUGCUGUUGUCUCGUCGUGUUACUGUACGCUCAGCGGAUGAUCGUCCCAAGCAGUGCGCAGAACGAUGGCUCAGAUGAACUGCAAGAAUGUCCGGGAGGAUUCUGUUCGCCCAAGUAUCUCUGCCCGAACGGUACGUACAACGAGGCGAAUGCGCAGAACCAGGAGAUCAUUAUGCUGCGCUUCGGCGAGGAAGACGUGUGCCAGGACUAUAUGCAAGUGUGCUGCUCAAAUGCGACGAGCAUGCGAUAUGAGUUGGUGACUAACAACGAACCCGUAGAAUAUGGCUGCGGCAUAAGCAAUCCGGGAGGAUUGAUUUAUCAAGUGGAGGGAAACCGUACGUACGCACAGUACGGUGAAUUUCCUUGGGUUGUGGCGAUUCUGGAAGCCUUCUACUCGUCCAACGAGCAGCAGUUUACCUACGUUGGUGGAGGUACGCUUAUACAUCCGAGAUUCGUUGUUACGGCUGCACACAUUUUUAACAAAACCAAAAAUCUCGUCGCUAGCUUCGGCGAGUGGGACAUGAACCGGGAUGAGAACGUGUACCCGAAACAGAACAUUGAUAUCGAUCGGACCAUAAUCGUUCAUCCCGAGUACAGCAGCGUGGGACUGUUGAACGAUAUUGCGUUGGCGCAGCUAAAGCAGAACGUGGUCUACGAUAAGCAUAUCCGGCCGAUAUGUCUGCCCAACCCAACCGAUCGAUUCGAUGACCAACUCUGCAUUUCCACCGGCUGGGGUAGAGAGGCGCUAACCAGCGCUUACGCGAAUGUGUUAAAGCGAGUCGACCUGCCGGUAAUAGCGAGAGCUUCCUGCAAAAAGUUGUUUGCCGAAACCCGGCUGGGACCGUUCUUCCGCCUGCACAAGAGCGUUCUUUGUGCCGGUGGUGAGGAAGGUGCGGACAUGUGCGACGGUGAUGGCGGUUCCGGGCUGGCUUGUCCGAACGAGUCGGGUGCGUACGUUCUGGCGGGAAUUGUUUCGUGGGGCUUGAGCUGCCAUCAGCAGAACGUACCCGGUGCUUACGUGAAUGUGGCACGAUUUGUAACGUGGAUUAAUGCUACAAUCGAGGGAAUACUGUGAUUGUCAGUGAUUGGCCAUGGAUGGCGAUUGUGUUACCGAAUAAAUGAUCUGAUUGCAGAAGAA